AUGGAUGAUCUGGGUUUGAAAGAUGCAGUUUUACAAAAAAGACACACAAAAAUCAAUGAUAGUCGAGUCUUGGAAUUGAUUGACUUGUGUGAUAAUGCUCUGGAGUGCAUUUCCAACUGUUGCCAAUACCCACAACACGUUCAAGAAUCCAAUGCGUUGUAUGGGAAACUUUAUAAGCUGAGCAAUGAUGAUAAUUGGGAUUGUAUCGAUCGAGUCAAGAAGUCUUCAGCUUUAAAUGCAAGAACAAACUUUUUCGGAAACCAUUUUCCUGAAUGUGACAAAAAUUUGGUAAAGGAUUUGUGUGAGGAUGUAUUUCAGACAGACGAGGAAUCUGAAAAUGCGGAUUUGGAAAGUUCUACAGUUUCGAUAAACUAG